AUGCCCCCCGCAACCCCCCAAACCGACUCCGGCUGGAAAGCCCUCAUCACAGCAACCCUCCAACAGCUCCAAUCCACCACCACCACCUUCCCGGCCUACCCGCUCCCCGCCCACCCCUCCCUCACAAUCGACCACACCCAACUCUCCCCCAGCGCCAGCCCCACGCAAAUCGACACCCUCUGCACCGAAGCCCAACACCACCACUUCGCCACCGUCUGCGUCCGCCUCCCCUACGUCGCCCGCGCCGUGCAGAACCUGUCCCGCCCAGCUCAGUCCCAACCACAACCACAACCACAACCACAACCAUCCACUUCCGAAACCCAACCCACCACACCCACGCCCACCGCCUCACCCCAGCUCAAGCCACAGCCAACCCCAGGAAUAGCCUGCGUAAUCUCCUUUCCCCACGGCACGGACCCCACCGCUUCAAAGACCCACGAAGCAUCCUCCGCCGUAUCCGCCGGCGCCACCGAGCUGGACAUGGUACUCAACCGGCCCCUCCUCCAGGCGGGGCAAUACACGGCCGUGUACGCGGACAUCCGGGCCGUUCGGGAUACGAUCCCGGCGGACGUGGUGCUGAAGGUCAUCCUGGAGACGGGCCGACUUUCGGGGACGGAGGAGGUGGUGGCGGGGAGUGUGGUUGCGUGUCUUGCGGGGGCGGAUUAUAUCAAGACGAGUACGGGGUUUGAUGGGCCGGGGGCGAGGGUGGAGGAUUGGUGGGGUGAGGGGGGCGGGGGAUUGGAGGGCGAUGGUGGAGGCGGGGGCGGAGAGGGUGGGGAGUAG